CAAAUCUAGACAGCCUGAGUCAGGCUGCUAACCACGGCUGAGAGGAAAUCCUAUUCUCUCGAUGAAUCCAUGAGCUCGAUGAUCCUUCGUCGGUCUGUAAGGGCCAGGAAACCUAUUGUCGCACAAUAUGAAAAUUUAAGGAGGGAGAAUUCUUGCUAUAUUUUACAAGACUCUGGUUUCGUUUAAAAAAAAAUAAAAAUGCAGGGACUCGGAAUGCAAUACCAAGUCGUUGCAUGGAAAGAAUACAGAGCUCUGCCAACUUUUAACUGAUAUCAUUCAUGGUGAUACAGCCCCGUGUCAAAGUUUCCUGAUCAUGCUGGAUGUGGGGAAGUGGCCAGUGUUUGCUCUUCUUCCCCCUGAGGAGCUGCGUCUGAUUCGACAGGCCUGUGUAUACGGCAGUGCUGGGAACGAGGCUCUGUAUGUUACCGUCAAUGAUGAGGUUUUCGCCCUUGGGACCAACUGCAGUGGCUGUCUGGGACUUGGUGAUAUUCAGAGUACCAUCGAACCCAGACGCAUAGAGGCUCUGUGUGGGAAGAAGAUAGUGUCCCUGAGUUAUGGAACAGGACCUCAUGUGGUCAUUGCCACAGCAGAUGGGGAUGUAUUUGCUUGGGGACACAAUGGAUACAGCCAGCUGGGAAAUGGCACUACGAACCAGGGCCUGACUCCUGCCCAAGUCUCCACCAACCUUCUCAACAAGAAGGUGACAGAGGUCGCCUGUGGCUCUCAUCACACCAUCGCCCUGACCUCUGAGGGGGAGGUCUAUGCAUGGGGCUACAAUAACUCUGGCCAGGUGGGCUCUGGGUCCACAGCGAACCAGCCUACGCCACGCCGAGUGAGCAGCUGUCUGCAGAACAAGGUGGUGGUGAAUAUCGCCUGUGGACAGCUCUGUUCCAUGGCUGUGCUGGACAAUGGAGAGGCCUACGGCUGGGGUUACAACUGCAAUGGACAGCUUGGGCUGGGCAACAAUGGGAACCAACAGACACCCUGUCGGAUAGCGGCACUGCAAGGAAUUAACAUUGUCCAGAUUGUCUGUGGAUAUGCACACACCUUGGCACUGACUGAUGAAGGCUUUGUCUAUGCCUGGGGUGCCAACUCAUAUGGGCAGCUGGGCACUGGGAACAAGAGUAACCAAGCCAGUCCAACACUGAUUAAUAUGGACAAAGAACGGAUGGUGGAAAUAGCGGCCUGCCAUUCCACCCACACCUCGGCCGCCAAAACGCAGAGUGGGCAGGUGCUGAUGUGGGGCCAGUGCCGCGGGCAGGCCAUCGCCAGCCCACACCUCACACACUUCACCAGCACCGACGACGUCUUCGCUUGCUUCGCAACGCCUGCUGUCACCUGGCACCUCCUGGCCGUGGAGGGAGACGACUACUUGACCGUAGCACAGUCUCUGAAGAAAGAGUUUGACAGCCCCGAAAUUUCAGACCUUAAGUUUGUGGUGGAUGGAAAAUGCAUUCAUGUUCACAAAGCUCUACUCAAAAUCAGGUGUGAGCAUUUCCGAGUGCUGCUCAAUGAGACGGAUGAGGAGUCCAUCGAGAUCCACCAAUUCUCCUACCUGGUGUACAGGGCCUUCCUGGAGUAUCUCUACACAGACUCCAUCAACCUGGCUCCUGAGGAUGCCAUCGGGCUGCUAGACUUGGCUACAUACUAUCGGGAGACCCGGCUGAAGCGGCUGUGUCAGGAGACCAUCAAGCGGGGGAUCUCCGAGGAGAACGCUAUCGCGCUGCUCUCCGCUGCGGUCAAGUAUGAGGCCCGGGACCUUGAAGAGUUUUGCUUCAAGUUCUGUGUCAAUCACAUGACUGCGGUGACUCAGACACAAGCCUUUGCUGACAUGGACCAUGACCUGCUGAAGAACUUCAUCAGCAAAGCCAGCAGGUACGGCGCAUUCAAGAACUGAGCACGCCAAGCCUAAGGGUGCAGUGCUGAGUAGGAGAGAGAGAGAUGAAUCUGGGAGCGGUGAGCAGACACGCAACACCAAAGAAUCACUGUGCUCUCAAGGGCUGAACUGAAACCAGUCUUCACUGCCAGAGGGAGCAAUAACACAAAACCCUUUUCAUCAUACUCACAUUCCUCAGUUGUGUGUUUCAGACAUUAUGACAAAAAAUGUCAUUAGAAAAAGGGAGCUUACAUGAUUCCCUUGUUUUUCUUCUCCUUGUAAUGUAAUACAAGACGAAAAUCAUGAAAAGGCAUGUAUGUAUGAGUUGUAUCCUUAAAGAACUCCUCCAAAAGAGUCUGCAUACUAAGCAAUUGUUCCCACGUGAGCAGCUUAUUCCAGACUGUACAACGGUGAUGAACAAGUUUGUUAGGGAUGGAAGAGAUGGUUAACAGUCAUGGCCAAGUACGUAUCCCUCAAAGGGCAAAUGGGUAUCAAGUGGAAAAAGAUAGAAAUAUGAAAUGGUUUUCUUUUAUAUUGAAAUGUGCAUGCAUAAAGUUAUAAGCAUAAUGUUGGAUGCCUAUAACUUUAAGAAUCUAAAGCACUUGUGCUGCCCAUAUUUAUUGUGUAGACAUACAGUACAGUAGUUAAACAGGUGGAGGCUGUCAAGGUAUGUGCUCUGCUGUAUUGUGCAUAUUUAAGUUGGCCAAUAUUUAUGCUUUUGAUCUUGAAAACGUUUGCUUAGUUUAAACCUAAACUUUUUAAGAAUAAUGCCAUACUCAGUAGAAAUAGAAUUUGUUUAAAGCAGUAGUCUUACACAAGAACUGUUGGUCUGGGUAUUACAAAAAAAAGGUUCAGUAAUCCCUAAACAUUCUACAAGGUCACAGAAUGCCAUAUAGUCAAGUUUAAAUGCCAACAUCACUACAUCCCUAUCCUUAGUUUCACUCUGUAGUUUGGGUUAUUCACUGUACAAUCAUUGGCAGCACCUGACCUGUAUCAAAGGCAUUGUUAUUGGCUAUUCAGAGACAACCUGCUUUUGCUAGAAGAACAGACUGUGCUGUGAAACAUUACCAGUUAUAAGGCCAAGGACUGUACUCAUGCAGGUGACGUUUUUUGGUUCGUUUUAAAGUUCUUCAAUCCAUGCCUGAAGGGUGGUUAUUAAUGUUUAGAAUCUCCUGGUAAGGUGGUGGAACUUGGAGUGCUGUGUCUGGGAAAGUCAAGAGCCCAGGUGGCAGUGCAAUGUGAAAAACUGGUAUAUUGUUACAACUCUCUUUACAGUACAUACGGUAGAUGCAGAAUGGGAGAAAUACAAGAGUUGGUUAAUAUGAACCAUGUGUGAGCACAGGCUUCUAUCAAAGCUUUUUAGAUUGUAGGGACUAACUUGGUAAGUAAGCACUGACAUUAUUAAAGAGAGUUUGUUUGUGUACUUAUUUAAUAUAUAUUUAAUAUAGAACACUGGUAUUUGUACGUACAGGAAGAUUUCAGAUUGUUACUUGAUGCAAUGUUUAUAUGUUAAUGUUAGAAGAAGGUGUUACAUUUACAGCAAAACCAAGUACAUACUGGUCAAAGGGAGUUAUAAAGGAACAAGUAAUAGGUUUAUUCCAU